UUAGAUUGAUGCGGGCUUAAAAUAAGUUGAAGCAUUGGAGGCCCAUAGCAAUAUUGCAACAGCGUUAGCAUAAUAACCAAAUAUCCAUCAUUAUCCCCUACUCACUUUCCCCAUUCCUACUCGAAAGAAAUUGUAAAAUGUCGAGAAAGUUGGGAAAGAGAAAGGAAGAGAAUGAGUACGCUUCUGAUGGCGAAAAUCCUCCUAAGAAAUUCUCCAAAACUGAUGAUUCUGACGAUGCUGAUGCUGAUGGCAUCGUCGUCUGUGAGAUUUCUAAGAAUAGGAGAGUAUCAGUUAGGAGCUUUGGAGGGAAGAUAAUGGUGGAUAUUCGUGAGUUUUAUGUUAAAGAGGGCAAGCAAAUGCCUGGCAGAAAAGGCAUCUCAUUGAGUAUGGAUCAGUGGAAUGUACUCAGAGAUCAUGCAGAUGAAAUUGAUGAGGCUGUUGCUGAGGCCUGAGAACAGAGUCAAGUCCUGGAAGUGGCCAUCAGAUAUUUGGUGUUAGAAUGUUAUUUUGGAAUUGGAACUAGGAGAUGUUUGUCCUUAGUACUGUUGUAGACUAGAUUAGGGAUAAAGCAAACUGUUUAAACAUGUAGUAACCAGUUUGGUGUCCCAUAUGCAUGUACUCUUUUCCCGACUUUCUACUCUAUGUGUCACUUAGCUCACCUUUGAUAGAGGAGGGCUAUUCAACUUGUGCAAGAAUAUUGAAACUUCUGUUGGGAGCG